AUGAAUCCUAAAACACUAGUUACGAAUUUUCUCAUCCUUCUCCUCGUACAAAUCUCAACCUUAACAUCAGUUGUAAAUUCAUUACAAGAAUAUCACAAGGAAAACUACAAAUCAGAAUUUAGGGUACGGCCAAAUACCCUUGUACGUAUCGUCAUCUCCAAUGAUCUGAUUGGUCUGAAGAACAAUGGAAACGCAGGUUUUGUAUGCACAAAUGGUAAUAAGGUAUGGAGAAAAACCAAACCAGGAGAUCGGUACGUUCUGGCCCAGUUCAAGUACGAUGGUAAGAGAAGGCAAGCUUUUACGCAUUGUCAUCUUCGGUCUAAUUUAGGGUUUGUGAAUUUCCCGGUUAAUAUUUAUCCGGAGACAUCUGCGUAUUGUUACCCUAGCUACGUAUGUGGUUACUCAGUUCGAAAAGACGGGGUUUAUUACACGCCUGAGAAGAAGCUUUAUCGGUGGAAAAAGGAGAAGUGA